AUUGGCUGCCAUUAUUCUCUAGCUGCACCAACUAACAUAUUAAACUAUCCAUCUUUUAUUUUGGCUACACAUUAAACCUUAUCAAUGCAGUGUGCGUUUAGUUUAUUACAUUUUCUUGAUUCAGAGUCAAACGACUGGAUAGUUGCAUCAUAUAAAUGCUUAAUAUGACAUUUUUAUUUCAGUAAACUCAAAGUUUUUAGGUAGGACGAUCUUAAAUCACCCAGCUCCCACAUGUGUAGGCAACGUGACUGUUUUUCUUUCUUUUUUUGACCAGCUCCUGAUAACAAUAAAGGCUGCCAGAACAUUACAACAGUUGGACAUUUUAAAUAUUUAUGGGAGGGAUUGUAGCUAAUCCAUAUUAACUGUUGUGUGGUUGAGCAAACUGAUAGAAUCUACUGUGUCACUGUUGGGAUGCACAGAUCACCUGCAGUGGAAAAUGUAACUUAUGUAAAGCCUCUUUCUACAGGCACACUGCGUGUGGUCAGCACCUUAUACACAGGGCACCUCUGUUAAGUAUGUGUUUCAUAACAGCAUUGAUUCACAAGGGCAAGUUAUCAGAUGAUUUAACAAAAUAGAAGAAGAAAAAACUAGUGUCACUUGAAACUGUGUCACAGGGAUGGUGGCGCCCUAAUUAAUGGUCAUUCUAGCCCCAGCUUUGAGUUACACAGGAGCUGCCUGUCGAACAGAUAGCCCUGUUGGAGGAAUGUCACUGGCCUCAUACAGAGGCAUGUAGCUGCUUGUGAGGUGGAUUUACCAACAUAAUGCUCAAGGACUAUUUAAAUAACUUGUGAGUACAAAUAUUUAAGAAACUCUUACCAUAGGAUGGCCACUUCAAAUGGGAAAGGUGAAAAAGUGUCCAAAUUUGAGACAUUGAAACUUUUGGAGAAAUGCAGUAAGGAAAGAGAUGAUGCCAUGCACAGAGAAAGUGUUCUAAGAGAGAAACUCAGACAGUAUGAGUCGAGGAUCCGUUCCACUGAGACUGUGAGACAGAAACUGAAGACCUUGACUAUGGACAACAAGGAGCUGAGGAAACAAGUGAAGGCUCUUCGUACUGAGAUUGGACUUGAAUGCAGCCCUAAAUUCAGUGGAAAGACCACAAAGGACAUAAUCAAUGACUUGCAUGAAAAGGACUGUGAGUGCAGUUCCCUGGUGGAGAAGACUGGGAAACUGAAUCUGACCAUUGAUGAUUUGACUUCAAAGUUGGCAAAUACAGUCACCUCUAAAACACUUUUAGAGGAUCAAGUGCAAUCAUUGCAGCAAAAUCUCAAGGAUAUGACACAUAAUCAACGGCGCUUGCUGAAGUUGUGGGAAGACAAGAAGGUCCAAAGGGAGCAGCUUGCCCUCCCUGCAAUUGCCAUGAAACCUGUGCAGAAACCAUUCAUCCACAAAGCGGUUCAGACUGAGAUGUCCGUCAAUUCAUCCCAAAAGCUUCCAGUCAAUGCUUUUGAGACCAAGCCAUUCUCCCGGGACCAUGACAAAUCCGUUUUGGAUAAACACAGUUUUUCAACCUAUGGAAAUGGCUAUCAUCAUGACAAGAAAGCAUUCAUGCACGAUGAAACAAAAGGAAUACAGAAUUACUCGACUCAUUGA